AUGUAUGAACAAAAACUUGAAGCAAAGCGUAAGCGACGCGUUGAAGAAUCAGAAAAUGUACCUCCAAAUCAACAAGAUGUACAAAACGAAGAACAUACCGAGCAGAAUGAGGCUAUAUUAUAUGAUGGACAACAGACAACAAAUGAAACUGAGGAUAUAAUAGAUGUCGCCAACACAGAAGAACAUCAAGCGCGCGAUGUUGAAUACGACGAUUAUUCGUACGAGCAUGUCGUAUUUGAUGAUGCUAGUGAGAUUACUGAUACCACAGCAUUCAACAGCCCGUGUUACACAAGUGGCGAUGGCAAGGAGAUGAAGGACAAUGUUGCAGAAGGUGACUUUGACCCUAGUCUAUUACAAGAACUGGGAAUUGUAGAAGUGGAUCCCGUUGAAUUUGGUGAUGACUUGCAGACCGAUGUAGCAGCAAGAUUUCAAACAAUUUUGUUGGAAGGGCUUAAAAAAGAAAAGAAAGAAGAACUUUUGAAAAAGUACCCGUUUCCUAAAAACGUUCCCCUAGCAAAAAGCCCAUCUCUAAACCCGGAAAUUGGAGCCAUGUUGGCUGAGGCAUGCAAGCUGAGAGAUAAAAGACUGCUCGCAAAGCAGGACCAGCUUGGCAAAGCGCUUUCAGCGCUAGGCAAGGCACUAACUGGCCUAUUGAAACGAACUCCAGAUAUCCCAAAUAUUAUUCGCACACUCAAUGAUGCGGGCAUUAUGUUAGCUGAUUCUCAUUAUGCUGAAACUGAUACCCGCCGCUCAGUUAUUAUGCCGCUAAUAGAUAAAUCCUUUGCGGAGCCUUUCAAAGACAGAAAAAGAGACACCUUUCUUUUUGGAGAAAAAUUGGGUGAGUUGGUGAAGGACUCUCGCGGCAUAAAAAAGACAGGACAGUUAAUUCAACCACCGUCAACAGCUUCAAAUUUAAAUGGAAGAGGUCCAUCGAUGUCCCGAGGAACGCGAUAUCAGCGGGGAGGCCACACGUAUCAACACCGAUCCGGUGGACCGAGAACAGCAAUGUCGGCCCCAGCAUACCAGUACCAAUACCAAGGUCGCAGACGAGCAGCUCCGCCGCCGCUGCCACCUCCAAGUCGCCGUCAGCCUCCACCUCCACCUUCAACACGCCGACCACCUCCUCCUGCGCAGCACUCCUCAACCAGUCGACGGACCUAACUACGCAAUGUCAGGUACAUGGCGGGCGCAUAAAAUAUUUUCUUAAUGAAUGGAAAUUAAUUACGGAUGAUGAUUUUAUACUAUCUGCUGUAUCAGGCUAUAAGAUCCCUUUCAUUGUGAAACCUGUUCAAAACAUUUAUGAUUAUCCACGACGUUCAUUUACGUCGAACGAAUUAACUGACA